UGCUAAUUGUAGGAAGUAUGUGGUGCACAGGAAUGUGGGUGAAACAUCAACACAUAAAUCAUAUUUCAGCAUGAUACUUUAAGGUCAGAACAUGUGAGAUUUCUGUAUGUUUCACUUUAAAGAAAGUCUCGUGCUGAAAUAUGAUUUAUGUGUUGAUGUUUCACCCACAUCCCUGUUGUUUCCCCCGUGCAGAGCUGCCCUUGGCCGCAGAAGGAAAGAGAAGGAAAGCAGAUUGUGUUUUUUGCUUAUGGCCUUUUAUCUUUUAGAGAGUCGCAUGUCAUCAGAAAUAUAUUAAGAUAAGGAAAAGCCUAAUUGAAAACCAACCGAGAUGUCUUCACUUUGACCAGCUUGUUGUAAUUCUGACCACAAGCAUUACAGGAAUGUAGAGGAGAUAAGAAAAGAAAGUGGAGGAAGGAGGAGAUAAAUGCAGUGAUGUCAGUCCGGCCCACUCCUUUUCAGUACAAAAUGCUGCCGAGCAGAGCUCAGCCUGCAUACCACUGCUGCUGACGACUGCUUUCUGAUCCCAGACACACACACACACACACACACACACAAGGGCACACUUUGCUCACGUCACACACUCAUCAUACCGCUCUCACAGAGGCGCCGGAGCUCAGAGCAGCGCUGGAAGAUGCAACCGGCUGGCAGCCACUGACAACCCAGAGCUCAGUCAAUCCAGACACACUGUGCCUUCACCUCCUACAGCACAGAGGAAGAGGACUUGACAAAAGGACACACCAGUGACCUCCAGCAGUUAGACCGCACCCGACCGCACAUCCUUCAGAGAAAGGGGAACCUGACUCUGGGACAGGAAAAAGGAGCGACCGUACCCCACCGCUGAAACUCGACCCGCCGGACGGAGAGACAGAGGGGGGGAGGGGGGGGUGACUGCCAUCUCUGACAACCGGGAACAAGGAGGCAAGAUGCUGGCUAAAAUCCUUGAGGACAUGUGGGUGGAGCCCGAGGUUCUGGAGGCCCUCAGUGAGGAGCAGAAGAGGAUCCUCUUCUUGAAGAUGAGAGAGGAGCAGGUACGCCGCUGGAGAGAGCGCGAGGAGAAGGAGGAGACGGAGGAGACGGAGGAGACGGAGGAGACGGAGGAGAGCGAAGGAAGCGACAACGGCGACAGGCCAAAGAAAGCGGCCGACAACAAACAUGUGAGGUGGCUGCUGGGUCGGGACGGAGACGUGAGCGUCAUUGUGAUCGGAGAGGUGGACGAGUUCAGGUCCUCCAAACUCCUCCAGAGGCUCAUGAACAACAGAGUCCACACUGAUCAAAUGCACGGCAUCCAGACGGCAGACUUGCUGUCAGGAAGAGAGGCCCAGGAGCUGGGCUUUAACGAAGAGCUGUCCCUCACAGUUGUCGUCGACGACCCGGCUUCCCCGCGCGACCACUGGUCCGAGGAGGACCCCGCCGAGGACAGCGACAGUGAAUCGGGCGGCAGCUCGGACAACCACGGCGACUGGACGCCUCUCAGCGAGCCCCAUCUCGGUAGCCGUGGCGACCGGGCGCCACUCGAGGCCCAGCUGUCAGAGACAGAGAGGGCCGGCCCACAGGAUGCAGAGAGGUCGCACUUCGGAGGCCGCGUGGCGCAGCUGAGGAAGGCGUUCGCAGAGGAUCCUCGCAGCACACCGGCCAACACCAAACCUCCCGUCCCCACCAAGCCGGCCCACCUACAGAAAGGCAGCGCGCCCUUGAUCCACUCAAACUGAAGGCGUGUCCAGCGAGGCAGACACUGAUAGACCAGGCCCAGGACACAGAGAGAGAAGGAUCCUCCCUCGAACCUGAGCGGUGACACUUUUGAUACACUUUUGUAUGUAGGACCACGGUGCUCGGACCGACCCGCAGACGGAGAAACGUCUGAGCGGGGGGGGGGGGGGGGGGGGGGAAGAAAGACUUGGAAGCUUUGUCCCACCUGAAGUCAACCUGAAUGAGAAAAUGAAGCAGCUUUAAUGUUGCCGAGUUCAAAUUCGCUCACAUCGUUUGUGUGAUUGACAGGCAGACACAGAGAGAUGUCCAGAGACACACACACACACACACACACACACACACUGUUGAAUACAGGUGGAAAAACACUGUGCUGUACUUGAUAAAUGAGUGUUCAUGGUAAGUUUUCCUCCUCACACGUCAUAAGCAGAGGAAACAUGUGUUUGAUGAAAAAUCAUAUCCUUCUGUGCUGUUCAAAAGCGUUGAAGCUGUUUUAAAUGUAACUCGCCACUGUUUCAACACCAAUGAGCGAUCCACUUCAUCAAUCACAACAAGGGUGCAGGGUUUCUUUGGGGGACAAAAUGAAAGAACUGAAUUCAUGUUAAAUAAUAAACUGACUGGUUUCCAAAAACA